AUGUUGCGAACGGUAUCAUCUGUUGCUCAAUCGACCGUUAGAUGUAUGUCAAUGACGGCUCGUUUGUCUUCUGAAAAACCAUUGGCAAAAGAAGUUGACGAUCUUUUUGCGGAGAAGCCCUCCGGAGACAGCCACCAGCACCGAAGACAUGCUUACAGUAUCAAUAAGGUCGAACUUGUUGGUGGGGUAGCUAUGGAUCCUCUUUACAAAAUUGGAAAGAACGACAAACCGUUCUUGUUGUUUAACAUUAUCACAAAUCACAGCUUCAAACUUCCGGAUGGAACUUUCAACGAUCAGACUGAAAGACACGCCGUCACAGUGUUCGGCAAGCAAGCGGAAGCUUUGUCGAAAACCAUCAAAAAAGGAUCGCGACUCUUUGUCACUGGAAGACUUCACUAUUCCGGUGGACAAAAGGAUGAACAAGGAAACCGCUCUCCACGAAACACUCACAUAAUUGCUAGCUCCGUUCAGCCACUCGCCAGAAGAAGCGAAUAA